AUGUUCUCGUCCGGCCGGGCUGCACGCUUUGGCGAAGCUCCGGCAGGUGCCACCUCGGUGUACGCUUUGGACUUUGAUGGAGUCCUCUGCGACUCCGUAGAAGAGCUCAGUCGGUGCGCUUACUACGCUGCGCUGGUGGCGUUCCCCGCUCAGCUCGAGGCGCCGCGCUGGACCGGACACGAUAGCUCUCGGAGCGCGAGCUUCACGGAACGAGGCGAAUCCCCGGGAAAGAUCGCUACAAACCCCGGGCUCGGAGCAGAGGACCCUUCGCCGGCAGCGGCAGCAGCUGAAACAGCGCGGAUACCAACAAUUUCAGAAAACAUCUGGCAGGCCGUCCCGCCUGCUUGGUUGUUAGAUAAAAUGCGGAAACUCCGUCCAUACAUAGAGACUGGCUACGAGAGCAUUCUUCUGGUACGGAUGCUGAUUGAGGAGCGGCUCGUAUCUGAGCGAGCAGAGCGACGCCCUCGUCCGCUGACAGUCGGUGAGAUCGCCGCCAACUGGAAGUCUGUACUGCACGACCGGCUCUUACGGGACUGGAACAUUCAACCCAGUUUCUUAAUUGAACUUUUUGGCACUAUCCGGGAUGCGUGGAUCGCUCGAGACAAGUCAACGUGGCUCUCGAUGAACCCUAUUUACCCAGGUGUGGCGGACGCGCUGAACAUGAGCCAGCAGCCGGUCUAUAUCGUUACCACCAAACAAGAGCGCUUUGUCAAGCUGAUUCUCGAGCAUGCCGGUAUUCGUCCAGGCCGUAUCCCGCCGGCAAACGUGUAUGGCAUGGACCGAAAGAUGACCAAAAUCGCAACAAUUAAAGAGAUCCUGCGAAAAGAGGAAGAACGGAGCCAAGAUAGCCAACGAAAGGUAGUUGUACACCUCGUAGAGGACCGUCUCGAGACGCUGGAGGCAGCGACGAUAUCCCUGUUAGGCGCACCCGUCACCUAUCAUCUGGCAACCUGGGGCUACAACGAUCCAGCACAACGCGCUCGGGCUGAGAAACACCCGUUCAUCGACUUGCUCGAUUUACCAUCCUUCACCAUGAAGAUGCACUAG